UGGCGUUUCGCUGACGAAUCAGCUGAUGUAAAACCGUAUUAAAAGACAAGAGACAACACCUCUUCUAUUGUCACAACUCACAGCUCACAGAGAGUCAGAGACAAAUUGGUGAUUCAUUAUAAUAACAAUUGUAUUGUUUAAAUAUACCUAUACCUAUUAGUAUAAAAAAAAAUUGUUAAGUUUAUAUAUCAAGUAUAAAAUAUAUUAUAAAAAAUGUCAUUAAAUACUGCUCAUGCAAAUGACGGUGUAUUAUUACACAAUGGCGAAUGCAUUUUGUUAUUCUGUGACAAUGUUACAAUGGAAUUUCAUGGUCAAGAACAACUUGAUUUUCUUGGUCAAAAAAAAGGAAGAAUAUAUUUGACAACUCACAGAAUGAUAUUCAAUGCAAAAGAUAAAAAAGAAAGAAUGCAAUCAUUCAGUUUUCCAUUUGUAACAUUGAGUGAUACUGAAUUGGAACAGCCAAUGUUUGGAGCAAAUUAUAUUAAGGGAAAAUGUUGCUCUCAGCCAAAUGGCAACUGGACUGGUGAAUGCAAAUACAAGCUGCAUUUUAAAAGUGGUGGUGCUGUUGAAUUUGGACAGGCAAUGUUGAGAGCAGCUGCAAUGGCUCAAAGAAAUGGUCCUGGAUAUGAUGCUCCACCUCCAUAUCAACCACCAUCAUCAAAUUGGUAUGCUGCACCACCACCAGCUUAUCAAGCAGCACCACAAGGUUAUUAUGGAUGGAUGCCACCAACUCAUGCAUUCCCAGCAUCUCCACCAGUAAAUUCAGUCUACAUGACAGACUCACCACCACCAUAUCCAGGAAUUAAUUCAGCUUAUGUCAGUGGUGGUAAUCCACAACAACAACCACAACCAGGUGGUGGAUGGGGUAGUGCUCCACCACCACCAUCAGCAGCACAAGAUAAUAGUUGGGCAAAUCCAAGCUACAAUGGACAACCUGGAUUAUUAGCAGGUGCGUAUCCUGGAUAUCCACAACCUGGUAAUAAUAAUUACCAACAACAACCACCACCAUACUCGGCAUUAUCAUCCCAACAAUAUUAUCAAGGACAAAAUCCAUACCAACAAUAUCCACCUCAAUAUCCACCUCAAUAUUAAUUAACUUCCAGCGAAUAUAUAUAAAUAUUGUUACACCGUUUUUUUUUUUCUCAAAUUUUAUUAAAAUAUUUCAGCUCUGUUUAUGAUUAUUUUUCAAUGUCAAAUUAAAUAAUUAAAAUAAUCUUAACAAUUUCAAAUAAAUAUUACUGCUUGCUUUUUAUAUUCAUAUAAUAUAUAUUAAAUGGAAAGGAUUUUGAACUUGUUUUAUUGUUGGAGUGUGUAAUAAUAAUUGUACUCAAGUGAAUUACGAUUUCUUUAAAUAAUUACAGUGUUGUAAAAUUAUAUACAUAUAUAUAUCUCUUUACUAUUAUAAUCUUGAGGAUUAAACGUAACUGUCGUCUAGUUGAUGGUUUUUUUUCAUUAAUUUAAACAAACAACCUGCCAAAAAUAAUACUAGAAUUAUUAUUUUUUUUUAUUAUUGAGAAAUAUAGUCUAGUUUUAUCAUCACUGUGAGAAUGCUGAAAUAGUUUUUUUUUUCAUAUUUUUUUUUUUAAUUGACAAACAUAAAAACUAAGAAAUUUGUGAUUUUUUUUUUUUUUUGGAAUAAUGUUUUUGUUGAUAUGUGUAUAUAAUAUAUAUAUUGUGUAAUAAUUUAGCGGCCAUUGCAUAAUAAUUUACAUUGAAAAGUUGUGGUGAGAGAUUUGCUUUCACUGUGUCUCUCCGACGUUAUUUCAAACUUUAGUAGAAAUUCAUGAGGCUCGGAUGUCGUUCAAAUUACCUUGUCAAAAAAAAAAAAAUAAAUAACAAAUAGAUUUUUAGAAAAAAAAAA